AUGACGGUCAACAAGACACUGAAAAGCAGCGUGCGGAGGAAAAUCGCCGGCGUUACCCUGGCGGAGAAACUCGUCCGGAUCCUUGGCACGGAGAUUCUGACCGAGAGAAAAUCCGAGAAGAAGAGAGCGGGGAAAGUCGGAGUAACACUCAGUCGCAACGGAAUGUCUCGCAGGGAACUCCGGAACUCCGUGUACUGGAGGAGUCGCCUUAAACAUCAGACUGGCGAGGCAUUUAGAACUAGAGUGAUUCGAACCCGAGAGAAAGAGCACGAGAUCACGCUGUCGACCAUCGAACCGAACGCCGACAAGAGAGUUCGUUACGACUUCCGAAGCGAGAAGUUCGAACUUGUGCCUCGAGAGGACCUCCUCCUCGACCUCCUCACGCUGCCGUCGAAGAGCAUUCACAAGGACGAGCUUCCGAAGAGCCAGGAGGCGGAUUGUAAGGAUGCAGCCCUGGAUCUACCCUCGGACGUCGACCACGGCGAGGACCUGAGUCAAGAACUAAUGGACCUGUACGGAGAUCGCCUCACCACGGACCACCUGGACGACUAUGAAAGGCGAAAUAACCCGUUCAACUUCAGCGAGCGCGUUUCCCAGACAGCGUGGCGGCGGUCCAAGGUAUCAUGGACCCAGACAGAGCCGCCUCCGAGCAACACUUUCUCCGCCAACGUCAGUUUCUCUGUCAUCUACGACGCCUACGUGAUGGACAGCGAAAAAGUGCAAGAAAAGGUGGAAACCCCGAAGGCGGAGAACGAGGAGCAACAGGUGCCAAGGAAGGGGGUGGGGGAGGACAAGACGCCGCAGGUGAGUUUCUCCAAGGUCCUAGUCUCCUUUCUCGGGCCGAAGGAGGAGAAGAAGAAGCGCAGGACCUUCCGGCAAGAGGUCACGCCGAAGAUUGGAGGUCACGGAGGCGUUCUGACCCUCCCGAUCACAACGCCGGACAUCUCAAACCUCCUUACGGCCGCCAGGGUUAUGGAGAGGAUGAGCUGCCAGUUGCUCGGGGACGAGAUCUGCCAGGAUUACAAAUUCUGGGACGAUGACAGUGAUGAAUACAAGGCGCUUGAAGGGACGCUGCUUCCACUGUGGAAAUUUUGGUGCAAGAAUUCUCGCCAUUAUACCGUGAUGGACCUCUGCUGGCAUCCCUUGCACGCCGACCUGAUAGCGGUGGCGUACAGUGCUGACCUGUCAAGGGCCGUAGCGAGCGAGGGAAUGUGCGGGACCUACUUGGCUGCCGGGACCAAGGACGGAAGUGUCUUGGUGUUCAAUCUGCAGAAGGCGGGCGUGUCUUCGUCAAACAAUGCUUCUGCAAUCUCUGGUAAACAUCUGCUUUCUGUGACUCAGUCGAGUAGGGAUUCGAACCCUCGACAAACACAGAACGAACUCUCGCAAACCAGGCCACAGAACCGACCCCCUUUUUCCUCACAGGUGAGAUGGAUACCGAGCGAGGCCGAACUAAACCCCAGCUUCUUUUCCAUUGCGCAAGACGGGAGAGUUAGCCUGUGGACCGUCAACGCAGCGGGUCUCAGCCACAUUAAUGUUUUGGAAUUUCCUCCCAGCGACCGUGUGAGAAAGCUGAAUGUUAAUGUUGAUGAUAAGGUCCGGAAAGGAGUACCGACCAGCAUAGCAGCCAACCCAGGCGACAGCGACCAGUUUCUCGUGGGUCUGGACACGGGGGCGGUCGUUAGCCAUCGCCGGAGCGCCAACGUCCACGCCAUCUUCAGCUUCCAGGCCCAUGUCGGUGCCGUGGCCUCCAUUACGUGGAAUCUGUUUUGUCAAAGAGUGUUUGCAACUUCGUCUGCAGACUGGACGGUGAAAGUUUGGAUGUUUGAUUGCUUCACGCCCAUAAUAAUAGUAGACCUCAGCUCUCCCGUGGGCGGCUUGGCAUGGGCGUCAUCCAACAGCACGGUGUUUGUAGCUGUGACAGACGACGGGCGAGCUCACGUCUUUGAUAUUUCGUUACGCAAGACCAAGGCACUGUGCACGCAGGCGAUCCGACAGGGGCGAUGGGCACACCUCUCCUGCGUGGCGUUUAACCCUUUCGAGCCUGUUAUACUGGUGGCAGGGGAGAGGGGUUUUAUUCUCAGCCUGAAGUUAUCACCUAAUCUGCGAAAAAAGCACAAAGAUGCCAAAGGAGCAGACGCAAACACACUGAAGGAAUUAGAACGGGAGAAAAUGGAACGCAUCAUAGCCACCAGCGGCAUCUUGCACUCGCAGUAACAUAUCGGCAUCAGCGCCAUCUCUUUACCGUAAGGGCAAACAGUUGACCAACUUUUGUCUUGCUGCAUUGAGAGGUGAUUCGGAAUCAACAUCAGUGCCAUGUUUGACUGCAAUAAAAACAAUUCAAACAACAGCUGUGUACUUCGACUGAA